CACCUCCCUCAAUAGUUUAAUCGACGAGAUUAGACAUGUUGAGUGGCUCGAGGUUCUGACUUAAACCAAUAAGAUUCAUCGCAUUUGAGAUCAUUAAUUAAUUUCACACACCAACUAAAACCGGACCGGGAUGAGAAUUUGAUUAAACCGGACUUGGGACUACACAGAGCUUCUCCUUUUUAAUGGACACUGAGGAGACAGUGGAAGAGCCACUCACUCACUCACUCAUCAAAAAUGGCAGAAAAUGUUGGAAGCGACUCGAGCGAAAUCGAAAGCAUCACUUCUUCUCAGAAAUCUUUCCUCAAAAACUGUCCUUUCGCCGGUCACGAACCUCUUCCGACGAAAUCGACGGAUUCCGACAACACUGAGGUUCUCGGAAACAAGAUUUCUCCGGCGAUUGUUAAAACUCCGGUUCUCUCGUUCUCUUCUCCGACUAGCCUCGAUUCCAUCAGCGAUGAAGUCUUCCGUACUCCUCCUGAGAACGCUUCUCUCUCCUCUGCCACUGAAUCGGAACCCAGAGUUAGGGUUUCGGAGAUUAAGCUCCGAGGAGGUACAUCUCCGUCUUCUGAGGCCAAAACAAUGCCCGUUUCUUCUUCAUCUUCUCUUCCAGAAGCAAAUGUUAGGGUUUCGAAGUCGAAUUUGAAAUCUCCGUCUUCUACGGCCAAAACGCCGCCUGUUUCUACUUCUCCGUUGGUGAAUGUUAGGGUUUCGGAGUCGAAUUUGAACUCUCCGUCUUCUACGGCCAAAACGACGCCUGUAACUGCUUCUCCGUGGGUAAAUGUUAGGGUUUCGGAGUCGAAUUUGAAAUCUCCGUCUUCUACGGCCAAAACGAUGCCUGUUUCUGCUUCACCGUCGGUAAAUGUUAGGGUUUCGGAGACGAAUUUGAAAUCUCUGUCUUCUACGGCGGAGACAACGCCUGUUUCUGCUUCACCGUCGGAAAAAGUUAGGGUUUUUGAGACGAAAUGUCCUUCUGACUCCGUUCCUUUGUCUUCUCCGCCGUCUGUUGCGGCCGACGAUGUUAGGGUUCCGGCAAAGCAUCUUGAUUCUGAUUCUUCUCCUCCGACUGCAAUCGGAAGAACCAUGGGUUUGGUAAAACAACUUGUUUCUGCUUCUGUGAGUUUCGAUUCUGCUUCUUCGUCUGCAAGUGAAGGGAUCAAGACCUCUGAAGCUGAAAGUUCUGGUGGAGAUUUGCCAUUUAAAGAAAUCAUCGAAGCACUUCUUCGUAACAGUGGAGAGAAUCUCAAAGAAAGAGAUGAUAAAGUUAGCUAUGUUGAGAUUCUCAAACAAUGUGGUUUAAAAUUCCCUAAAUGAUUGAUUACAGAUUUAGUAAGUAUUAUUUGCUUUUGGAUCUUUCUCUGUUUUAGUAUGUUCUUGUUGUUUCUGUUUCGGGAUUACGCAUUCAGAUCUUUCCUUUUUUGUUGAUAUGAAUGCGUCGGGGAAAAAAAGUUGGGAGCUUUUGUGUUCUGUUGCUUCAACUAUAAGUAAUGAUAAGUAUUUUGUUCAAA